GUUCCCACCUUUCUCAUCGCUGCUUCUGUCUGUCUUCGUUUUCCCCCGAGAAAAGAGAGAGAGAGAGUACACAGGAAAUAAACAAAAAAUAAAAUAAAAUAUUUUCUCUGAUCUUCAGAAAGAGAAAGGGAGUUGUAGGAUUUUGAUUGGGAUGAUGGAGUUGAAACGUACGGUGCCGUACUAUGAUGUCCGUACAGUUGCUGCAGUAGUGGCGGUGUUGCUGCUGAGCUGUUCUUCUGUGGUUCAAGGUGGCGAUAUUGUUCACCAUGAUGAUAAGACUCCAAGGAGACCUGGUUGUGAUAACAACUUUGUUCUGGUAAAAGUCGCGACCUGGAUUAAUGGUAAGGAAGAAAUGGAAUUUGUUGGGAUUGGUGCUCGAUUUGGCCUCACCUUGGAGUCGAAGGAGAAGCGUGCCAAUCAAAUAAGGCUCGCACUUGCUGACCCUCCUGAUUGUUGUAGUGUACCAAGGAAUAAGCUCACUGGUGAGGCAAUAUUGGUGCAUCGGGGCAAUUGCAGCUUCACUACCAAAGCAAAUGUUGCUGAAGCUGCUGGUGCUUCAGCUAUCCUCAUUAUAAACAACCAAACAGAGCUCUUCAAGAUGGUUUGUGAAAAAAACGAAACUGAUCUGGAUAUUGGCAUACCUGCGAUUAUGCUCCCACAAGAUGCUGGUCAAAGCAUGAUAGAAAAUAUAAUCAACAGCUCAGUAGUUUCUGUGCAGCUAUAUUCCCCAAAGCGCCCCGCAGUUGAUGUAGCUGAAGUGUUCUUAUGGCUCAUGGCUGUUGCCACCAUUUUGUGUGCAUCGUUUUGGUCUGCAUGGAGUGCCAGGGAAGCAGCAAUCGAGCACGACAAACUCUUGAAAGAUGGCUCGGAUGAAUACCAUGGUAUCGAAGCAACUCAAUCUAGUGGCAUGGUGGAAAUCAACAUACUUUCAGCAAUCCUUUUUGUUGUCAUUGCGUCCUGCUUCCUGAUUAUGCUUUACAAGCUAAUGUCCUUCUGGUUUAUCGAGGUUUUGGUGGUUCUUUUCUGCAUUGGUGGUGUAGAGGGUCUGCAAACUUGUUUGGUCACCUUGUUAUCAUGUUUCAGAUGGUUUGAGAAUGCUGCAGAGACAUUUGUUAAAGUGCCUUUCCUGGGUGCCAUAUCAUAUCUGACACUAGCGGUCUCUCCUUUCUGCAUAGCAUUUGCUGUUAUAUGGGCUGUUUUCCGACGUGUUUCCUUUGCUUGGAUAGGUCAAGAUAUACUCGGUAUUGCAUUGAUUGUCACUGUUCUCCAGAUUGUGCGAAUUCCCAAUCUCAAGGUCGGAACAGUUCUUCUCGGCUGUGCCUUCUUGUACGACCUGUUUUGGGUGUUUGUUUCCAAAUGGUGGUUCCAUGAGAGUGUGAUGAUAGUGGUUGCUCGUGGUGGUAGAAGUGGAGAAGAUGGCAUUCCCAUGCUGCUUAAAAUCCCACGGAUGUUCGAUCCUUGGGGUGGCUAUAGCAUCAUCGGUUUUGGUGACAUUAUUCUACCGGGGUUACUCGUAGCAUUUUCAUUAAGGUACGAUUGGUUGUCCAAGAAGACCCUUCGAACAGGCUACUUUAUAUGGGCGAUGAUUGCUUAUGGUUUAGGUUUGCUCAUAACAUAUGUGGCCCUCAACUUGAUGGAUGGACAUGGCCAGCCUGCAUUGCUUUACAUAGUUCCUUUCACCUUAGGAACCUUUCUGGCGUUGGGGAAGAAACGAGGCGACCUCAGACAUCUAUGGACCAAAGGAGAUCCAUACAGACCUUGCCCCCAUGUCCAGCUCCAACCUGCUGAAUAAAUAAGUGCUUAGGAGCUAAUUAAGUGUAGCCAACGUGAUUAUAUAGUUCUCAGCCUUUGAGUUAGAGUUGUAGGAUUAUUACGAAGUUCAAGAAUUUUAAGGCUACUGUUCUUAAUCAUGUUCUCUCUCUCUAUAUGUAUAUUUGUAUACAUGGAUGUAUGUUGACAAGAGAGCUGAUAUAUAUAUAUAUAUAUA